GUGGUGAUAUCCGGAACAUCGCUUCGCCGUCCGUGCGAAUGAGACGACCAAGCAGCUGCUUCUGUUUCUGUACGAAAACGACGACGAAAGCCCAAGAAUCUCUGUCAUUCGGUUCGGAUUCGGAUAAAGUAUCGUUGAAGCAGACUUGCUGCCUCGAUAUAAUUAUACGAUUAUCAAGAAUCAUUAAGCGUACACUCGUACCGCAAAUCAAGCUUCAUAUUUUGCGCAGUAACCAUUUUUUCUCCAAGACAAAUGUGGAUCGAUUUUGUUAUUCACGAUUUCGGACUUGGAAUUUCAACCUCUUCGCGAAUAGGUGUCUCGAGGUUAUGGAACACACGUGAAUGAUAUUUUUGCCGUAAUUAUUGUAUGCGGAUUUUUAAUGACAGUUCGCAUUUAAUAACGGUCAUCAUUAUUCCUUCGAGCGAUUCAAUAAAAUUCAACCGACGACGUCGCGUGUGUUAUUGAAUACAAAAACGCUAUUGCGGUGUGGUGAAGCUAAACGUUAACAUCAGCUAUGCAAUUGAUAUAAAUACGCGCUAUACUUGUUAACGCGAUAUGAAGAGACAAAGAAGUCAAAGAAGACAAGUUCUGGAUAUAAAUGCCGAGCAGUCCGAUUCACCUCGCAGACGUUGGCAAAACAAAUAUGAAGAAAUUCCUACCGAGGAUUGUGGGCAAAACAAAGUACCUGGUAAUCCGCUCAGUAACCUUUUGGAACAAUACAACUCGGAUAGCGAGACCGAAGAUUCGAGAAACAAUGGGAAGAAACUCGAUGACAAAGUCAAUGAUUUUCUCAAGGAAAUACAACUGAUCGCUCCGGGAGUACCGCCGGUAGAAAAUUUAGAAAAAAAACUAAAUUCGGAGGAUGGAGAAAGCGAAAAAGCAACGAAUCGUUUUUCCGCAGAAGAAUCUUCUAUUCUAUGGCAGGAAUGCUUCGAUGAUUCCACAGGCUAUCCCUAUUAUUGGCAUGUUCGAACGAAUGAAGUAACGUGGGAGGUGCCGGAGGAAAUAAAAUUGUUGAAAGAAAGGAAUCAACAAGAUUCCCUAAAUCGUACUUCCUACAGUACUCAAUGGGUCAAUUUUUCUCAAAACACUUAUCCUCAACCACAAAUAAAUAUACCCGAAGGAAUGAUACCGAAGGAGGUUGUAGCUAGAAAUCGAAACAGACAAGUGAGUUAUUUGGCAAAUUCGCAACGAACGUUGAAAACUGAGCCCAAUACGUCGAAAGAUUCGCUGGGAAUGGACGAAGAGUCGGACGACGGGAAAAUCGAAAUGAUAACGUCGUUCCCGAGUGACGGAAGUGAAUCUGAGAUGAGCGAGAAUGAUUCGCCGACGAAAGAUCGAUACCGAGAAAACAAUCCGACACCCACUCAAUCUUGGAAGAGUCUCAUGUCAACGAAUAGGAAUACGGAGAAUAACGCGGGGAACGGAAAAAUAGGACCUGUCCUACCAGCCGGUAUAGUACCGUUGGUUCACGGGCCUGAAAAUUCCAGUAGAAACGACGGAGCUGGUGAAAAAAGGCCGACAAAAGAAGAGGAGGCUCGAAAGAGAAGAAAACGUGGAACGAGAGACGGCGGCGAAGAGCAAAAAACUUGGACAAUUCUCGAUACUGAAAUCUCGUACGAAAAUAAUAAACUGACCCCGCAUACCAAAGUAUCGAACAAUGCGGAAUCUUCGAUUUCUACCAAGAAAUUGAAAUUUUCUCUUGUUCCUGGUUACGCGGAUGAUUCAGACAUGGAGGAUGAAAUUACGCCAAAAGUAGAAACGAUACUCGAGCCUCUCUUUCCAAUCGGUGAUUUCUCCGAAAAGGCAGCAUCCACGAUAGUAACGCAAGACGGAACCGUUAAAAAAAUUGAAACUAAAUACACGGAUUCUGGAAGCGUGAAAAUAUUUCAAUAUCAUUGCACGGGUAAUGAUAAAGUCGACAAUAUCAAUGACGAGAGUAGACAUACGAAGGAAGAGCUUGGAUCCGAGUCGCGGAGAGCCGAUAAUGAUGAGGAGUGUUGUAGUACAACGGAGGAAACGAGAAUCGUUCGAAUUGAGGACGAACCCCUCCCGAAAGCCAAUAUAUUCUUCGAUAAUUUGGAAACGCCGUCAAAGGCUUUUCAGAGAAAGAGAAGAAUUGCAUUCGAUGUAAUACCGAGCAAGAGCAGCAGAAGCGUUGAAGCUGACAAUGUAAGUAAAACUGAGGUGACGGCGGCGGCGGCGGCGGCGGCGGCGGCGGCCAUGAUCGCUCCCGAAAUAGAGCCAGAAAAUGAAAUCGUAGAGGAGGAAAGUGAGGAUCGGGCAGAUCGAAAAACAAUAAUUUCGGCGACGGAAAAAUUCGAGGAACCGAGUGUCGCGAAAGUGGAACAGACCGGGGCAAAGGAAAAAACUGAUGACGAAAUGAAGGAGCUGAGAAGAACGACGGAGACGAUAAUGGAAAAAUUGAAAUUUUUAUCGGAAGGUGGUCAACCUGCUUCGGCCGUUCAAGUCAUGGCGAUUCAACUUCAAACUCUACUCGCGGCGUGGGAAGCUCGCGAGCUCCGUAACAAUUAUCUGGAAAAUUGGCUGACCGGCACGGGGCGUGAAUUGGAACGUCUGGAGGAAGCAGCUGCUCCACCGGGAUGGGAUUGUCAAUGGGAUAGGUCGCAUAAACGCUACUUCUAUCGAAACUCAAUGAGCGGCGAUGCUCAAUGGACUUAUCCGGAGGCUGAUGUUAUCGGUGGUACCGAAGAAAUGGAAUUGUGCACAACGCCACCACCUCAGGGACAGGAGGAGCCGUGUAUAAUAGAGUCAGAUCAAUCGGUCAAAGAUCAGCAAAUAACAUCAGCAGCAGCUUCAGUACCACCGAUGAGAAACAGCGAACUAUUGAAAGAGGAAUUAUUAGACGGUAACAAAAUGAAGGAACGAAACCAAGUCGCUGUGCCACCACCGCCGCCUCCUCAAAUUUCAAGUCCCAGUCCUCCACCUCCCCCGAGAAUAUACGCCGAAGAUAUGAGAAAAGGGAAAAGAAGAAGAGGCGGCUCUGGCUGUGGCUCUGGCUGUGGCUCUGGCUGUGGCUCUGGCACCGGCACCGGUAGUGUCCAAGAAACUAUUUCAGAAUCGAAGAAAGAAAAAUGCACUACCGAAAUCAAUGGAGCAUCGGAUGAAGCGGAAAAUGAAGAAAAAGAAAGUUUGGUGAAUCCACCGCUUCCACCUUCACCAAGGAAAUUGAGUAAACCACCGUUACCACCUCAUCCGCCAACCCCGGUACCAAACCCUCCGAAUAACGAGCCCUUGCCGCCCGGUGUCGAUCCACCGGACAUGCCAUUCGCGAUAGCCGCUCGUUCCAUCGAGUCAACCAUGUUGUAUACACCUGCAGCAGCCCCCCCACAAACAACCAAUCCAAUUUAUACAGCUACGAUCGGUGAUCCAACGAUUCUUGGUCAUCAUACCGCCGCCGCUCUCAUGCAGGGACAACUUAUGCAUUAUCCUACUUAUCAUCAACAUUUGCACAACCAAGCCUUAAUAGCCGCUGCAAAUAGAUUAACGGGCCAGGAAGCGGUACAAUUUAUGGUGGAUUAUGGUCAAGUGUAUACGAACACGCGGGUUAUUGCAAAACCACCGAUAAAGAGUCAUAAGGAAACUCUGGGUUUGGCAAUCGAUUCGUUUUACAAUGAUAUUGCAUCGAUGGAAAAAGCUAUCAGGAGCAGCAGUGAUCUUGAGACUGAUCAAAUCUUACCGAUUGAACCGAUUCCGUUAACGAUACCGCAGCAGCUGCAGCAAAUUCAACCUGCCUCCGAAAUCGACCAACAACCACCACCACCACCACCACCGCCACCGCCACCACCUAUCCUCACCGAUUCUGUUUUAAAGGAACGAAAAAAAAAGAAGACUAAACUGGGCAUAAGCAAGAAACAGAAGGAAGUCUCCACUAUGGUCGCAAAAUGGCAAAAGGCUCAACAUUACGAGGACAAUGAUUGACAUUCGUGCAUUCGCGCAUUUUAUAAUCAACGAUAGAAUGAAAAACACAAUUAUUCGCUCGCUAUAUUCUUUUACUCUCUUUUAAAAUAUUUGCCAAUGUAUGGACAAUGUCACCCUGUCACUCCGCGCUGAAACAUAUAUUCGAUGACAAAUAUUCAACAGUCACGUAAUUCGUACUGUGUAUUCGACGAGUACUCGAAAACCUUUGGUAAUAGUAAAGACAAAAAAAAAAAAAGUACGUUUCGUAAGUAUUCUUCAACCCCGUAACUGUUCAUCAUAACGCAUUUCCAUCAUUUAUUUUGAUAAAGAUUUUACCAUUUACAUGUAUUUAUCGGAUCUUAAAAAAUUACCUGCAAUACAGGAUGCGCGGAAUAAUAAUGGUUCGUAGUUUCAUCCACAUCCCACCAAAGUUUUCCCCAGUGUACAUGGAAUUAAAUAGAAUCACACGUUCGUUUUUGAGAUGGAACACACUUGAUUUGAAACUUUCAAUAAAUUUCCCAUUACCAAAGAA